AUGACUGCAGCAGAGCUCGGUGGUGAAGCUUGGGACGUGGGGCGGCGACGGCCGCAGCGCCUGCGACAUCACGGUGGCGCCGCAGCGGCUGGAGAGCACAUCACCAUCCGCUGGGGCAAGGUCAUCGACUGGAUCUCCUUCUCCUACCGUGACCGGAGCGGGAAGAUGCACACCGCCGGGCCCUGGGGCGGCAACGGCAAAGGCGAGGGCACGGAGACGAUCACACUGGAGGCCUCGGAGUAUGUAACCGGAGUUGCGUGGUCAGUGGGCCCAUUCACGCUCAAGAACGUGGAGCGUUGCAUCACCUCCAUCAAGGUUGUGAGCAACCUCCGCAGCUACGGCCCUUUCGGCCACGGGGUAGACAGCACGCACCACAAUCUGCCCGUGCUCAAUGGCAGCGUCGUCGGCAUGUUCUCCCGCGCAGGAGAUUUACUCGACGCCAUCGGCUUCUACAUCCUCCCAGCUGCCCUCCCUGCUACGAAACCUACGGAAGCUGACCAACAAGAAAAAUAG